GGUCGGAUAAGAGUCUAUAAAAAGCCUACUCCUUUCUCAUUUCCAGAGCUCCAUCUCUCUCUUUCUCUCGAUACUGUUUGUUUCUUCUUCUUUUUUGUUUUUCUAUCAUUUUCUGAUCUGGGUUUUCUCCAUCUUGCGUUUUUUGAUGAGAUGGAGUUGGGUUUGAGCUUGGGAGAAGCUCCAAAGCCCUUCUCUUUCAUGGAGAAAGCCAGCAAAAGCAGCAGCAGAGGUCUAGGGUUUUGCAUGGCUUUGGGGGUAGGUUUGAAUACAAGUGAAGAGAAUAAAGAAGAUAAAAGGGAAGGAGAGAGAAGAGCUGCUACAACAGAGAGAGAAGGAGAAAGAGAUGAAAGGGUGUCUGCAGGACCACCGAUUCAGCUGGAUCUCCUCCCUCUUGCACCUGUCCCUCGCUACCCUCCUCCUCAUCUCACCUUCCCAUGGUCCGCGGACCACGGAAAUUCCGAAGCUGGUUCUUCCUGCCAGAUGGCUAAUACACGGGGCUUCGAUGUAAAUCGCUUGCCGUCGGCCGAAGAUAACGACGAUGCUGCUGCGGCCGCAGUCGAUUCUCCCAACAGCGCUGCUUCGUCGUUCCAGAUGGAUUUCUCGAUGUACCGCGGCGGAAAAAGAGACAGCGAAGCCGCAGCAGCCAACGAAGCCGAGGCGGAGAGGGCUUCUUCGAGGGCGAGCGAUGAAGAAGAGAACGGUCUGGCGAGGAAAAAGCUCAGGCUCUCCAAAGAACAGUCGGCUUUUCUUGAAGAGAGCUUCAAAGAACACAAUACUCUCAAUCCAAAACAGAAGCUUGCGCUUGCCAAACAGCUAAAUCUCCGUCCCCGGCAAGUCGAGGUCUGGUUUCAGAACAGAAGAGCAAGGACGAAGCUUAAGCAAACGGAAGUAGACUGCGAGUAUCUCAAACGAUGCUGCGAGACAUUAACGGAAGAGAAUCGACGGCUGCAGAAAGAACUUCAGGAAUUAAGGGCUCUGAAGACGUCUCAUCCUUUCUACAUGCAGCUACCGGCCACGACUCUUACCAUGUGCCCCUCGUGCGAGCGUGUAGCUACCACCACCACCGCUGCGAGUACGGAUGCCUCUAAGGCGUCCGGUUUUUCUACUCUCACAAAACCCCGGUUUUAUCCCUUCUCUCAGCCACACCAAUCAGCUGCCUCUUGAAAUGGUUGUUUGGGGUUAGAUCUGUAAAUAUCUUCAUCUUGAGCCCCUUUUUGACGUGGGUUUUCUUUAGGGGAGUUGAAGGGUAUGUUUUUUUUUUUUCAACGGUUGGGAUUUGUUGGGAUGUGGGGAGAUUUGUUGAAUGAAUGGCUGAUGUUUAACUGAAUACUAAGAGCAGAUACGGAUAUAUACGGUUGUAUGCGGAUUUGUUCGUAUUUUGUAUUAAAUGAACGGAAAUACAUGAAUCAUAUAUUUCUACC